AAAGUCCACAACGAAAAACAUGCAACCUCUUAAUCCAUGGUGACAUGGCAUAUAGGUUUAUCGCCAGCCGAGCUGUGCCAUCUUCAAAUCGGCUGAACAGAAGAUUCCUAUUAAUUUUCACGCUGUCCUUAGCCUUAACGUAUUUAUGCUACAGCAUCCUAUUUUGUUCCGAGAGCAUCAUGCAAAGCCAGAGUACGGAAGAACACAGGUGCGUUCUUUCCCAGCGCGUCGGGAGCAAAAAACUUCUGCAAAGAUCACAUUAUUGCACUUUUGUUACGGAGGGCAGACAUCUCCAGGAAGAGACGCCAAAAGAUGAUCUAAUGCGCCAGGGGAAUAGCCUCUCACUCAACAAGAGCAAACCUCCCGCACUCGUUCGCGCUUCUUUGCGAAGUGUUGGCGAUUCGUACCGAGGCUCCAGCGAUAAAACAAGCGGUUCGAAAUACGGCAUUAAGAAGUUACCAAAAGCAAUCAUUGUCGGCGUUAAGAAAGGGGGGACAAGGGCGGUUUUGGAGUUCAUUAGGAUCCACCCGGAUGUGAGAGCUGUCGGGACAGAGGCACAUUUCUUUGACAGAAACUAUGACAGGGGUUUAGACUGGUACAGAGGGCUCAUGCCUCGGACCCUGGACGGCCAGAUCACCAUGGAGAAGACGCCCAGCUACUUCGUGACGCGCGAGGCGCCCCGCCGGAUCUCCAGCAUGUCCCGGGACACCAAGCUCAUCGUGGUCGUCCGUAACCCCGUGACCCGGGCCAUCUCCGACUACACCCAGACCCUGUCCAAAAAGCCCGACCUCCCCGCCUUCGAGGAGCUGGCCUUCAAGAACAGGAGUCUGGGCCAGGUGGACGCCUCCUGGAACGCCAUCCGCAUCGGGAUCUACGCCCUGCACCUGGAGACCUGGCUGCAGUACUUCCCCCUGGCCCAGAUGCACUUCGUCAGCGGCGAGAGGCUCAUCACCGACCCUGCCGGGGAGCUGGGCCGCGUGCAGGACUUCCUGGGCCUCAAGCGCAUCGUCACCGACAAACACUUCUACUUCAACAAGACCAAGGGCUUCCCCUGCCUGAAGAAGCCAGAGAGCAGCGGCUCCCCCCGCUGCCUGGGCAAGUCCAAGGGCAGGACUCACGUGCAGAUCGACCGGGAUGUGAUCGAGCAGCUGCGGGACUUCUACAGGCCUCUCAAUGUCAGGUUCUAUGAGACCGUGGGGCAGGACUUCAGGUGGGACUGAGUGCCGGCAGGUUUGUGUGGGUGGGUCUCGGCGGUUUCUUCGCGGUGAACGAGGGGGUCUCCGUUACAGGCAGUGGUGAGGCCACCGAGUGUCUGCCUGACGUCCAGAUUAAAAUAUCCACACGAUUGAGUAUGAUGCCAUGAUGAUGCACAACUACUGUAUUUUUUUUUAAUAUCAUUACAUUACAUUACAUUAGUCAUUUAGCAGACGCUCUUAUCCAGUGCAACGUACAAUAAAGUGCAAAUCAAACACAGGGACAAGUGCGUUGUGGGCCCUAGAGGAAAGUACAGUUCCGAGUCCUAGAGUGAUCACAUAGAUACAACUUGAACCCUUGAAGAGUACAUCAACUUUCCAACUAGCAUACCACAGUUGGCAGCCAGAAUACCCCGAAUACUACAAUAAUUAUGCAUAUCAUCUCAGAAAGCAGGUGUAGAGUAUUACAGAGCUUUAGGUACAUUCAGGUCUUCUGGCUUUACCUUCUCAAUGUCAUUAAGUUGCCCUUAUUCUUAUGCCUAUUUUGGUUAAUGCUUUAAGUCACGUUCAGCAUCAAUAUUCAUUCUCUUUAGCCUCAUUUCAUUUCAUCUACAAAUAUUUUUAUUUAUUAUUUUUAUUGACACCUGCUUUUGCUAUUAUAAAUGCACCUUGCACAACAUAUUUAUGCUGGAUCACAGGAUAGAAGCCUGUCCAAUGUACAGAUAUACUUUAUAUCAGCAAGCAUAUAUUCUGUUAUACAAGCUGAGAUGUGUUAAAAUGUUUUAGUCCUCAUGGUACUGGUGCCGUUCUGUACGCUUAAAAUGUGUCAUACUGUACUUACUUUUCCUGUGAAUAAAGCACAGUUUUAUGCUAUGGCAUGUAGACAAGCAUUGUUUGUUAAA